UAUGCUGUCAGACCUGACGAGAUCUCUUAACGAACUCCGUGAGGAGGUCAGAGCCAUCCGUAACACCGGCUCCAAUGAAUCGGUAGAUGCUGGGGUACUCCCUUUGGAUUUGCCCUUGCACAACAUUGAGGAGCUAAACAAUGCAGAGGCAGCUCUUCAAUCGCAAGAGGCAAAUAAGGCAAUGGUGAGACACUUUGCCUUGAUUGGAGGGACGACACUGGAGGUGCAAGUCCGCCGUGUAAUGGCUUAUGCCAUCACAAACGAGCUGGCCUCAGUACUAAACUGGGCAGGGAAAAAAACAAAGGACCAGACGAAGCAAAAAAGGGCAUUUAAAGAUACUGCGCUGUGCAGAUGCAUAUUUGAUGGCCUGACGCAGCAGUUAGGGGCAAACUCUGUCAGAGUUUGUCUUUGCACAGGCAGUGCAGAAAUGGCUCCGAUACGCCCCAGACCGUUUGGGUGGCGCAGGAUGCACAUCAUCCAUCCCCAUCCCGGAGUAAAAACUACAAAGCCAUGCAGCGGCAGUGGGGCAGGUCCGGAGACCGGCCACGCAGUAGGCAAUGGCGUGGAAACAGUUCUGGGGGUCGACCGUGUGGACGGCAACGGUGUAGAAACAAUUCUGGAGGCCGACCGUGCUGGCGGCAACGGCGGCGAGGCAAACGAAGGCAGUCUGGAGGCCGGCCACGCGGGAGGCAGUGGCGGCGAUGCCCAAUCAUCGGCCCGGAAGGGGGCCGUCCACGACGGCAAGGACGUCCAGUCAUUGGCCUGGAAAGCGGCCGGACCGGACGAGCAGGACGGACAGGACGAGCAGGACGAGCAGGAGACGUUGAAGCUGAAGCGGAGGCUGGACCAGGCGAGGACGAAGCCGUAG